UCAUGUUGAAGCCUAUAGUGUAUCUCACUGUGUCCAUGGCAACGAUAUUAUUUAGUAACCUAUUUUUCUUGCACAGGUUUGUUCACACAGAUGACACAGUUUAUUUUUUGAGGUCAAAAAUACGUUGUUUAAAAUAAAUCAAAUCAAACAGGCCCAGAAUAGCUUUGACCUCCCAAACAGCCGUGACUGACAACCAAGCUUACCCUUUCUCCUAUUUAUGAGAUUAUUUUCUUGCAGUUGUGAGGUUGUGAGUUAUAUUGAAAAGCAAAACAAAUGAAGCUAGAUAAACAUAUCUAAUGCAGUAACUUUAAGAAUAACAUUAAGAAUAACAAGUGUGUGUAACUUUGGGAUUCAUAUGAAUACGACAGUUUUAUUUAAAAAAACAUUCAAACUUAAAAAAAAUAAAUAAAUAAAUAAACGACCAACCGUUGUUCUCUGAGAAGGUGUGUCCUGUUGCCAUGGAGACGCGUCCCUGAGCAUCGCGGCCGUGUAGCGUGAUUGUGGAAACGUUUUUCCCCGGAACAAAUAGGAAACACCAGAAGUAGCAACGUAGAAUCCAGCUUUUUACACUUCUUUUCAGUCUUUCUGAGUUAUUUACAAACCUUUUUAUUCUAAACUAGGACCAGUGAAGCGGUUCGUCUCGGGGCUGAAGGACAACAGCAGCAGAUGUUCGCUGCACAGCCACACUUGUUGUGAGUAAACCAACUUUCCCAGGUCUUUGUGUUUUUUAUGGUCUUGCAGCAAGUGAGAGGAAUCAUCUCCUGCACAAACGUGUUUAUCAGGACUGUGUGCCAACACAUCAUUAUGCCAGAGGACAAAAACUGUAAACUGCUUCAGCCAGCCAGGAUCUGUGAGCAGAAACAGAAGAAAAAGAAGAAGAGAAAGAAAACCUCUGUUUCCACUGCUGAGCCAGAAAAUACAGAGAAACCUCAGCCUGGUUCUUUGCCUCCUGAGACCUCGCCGGUGUCCCUGCUGCCCCCUCAGAGUCCUGCUCAGCCUCAAGGCCAACUUCCCAAACUUAGAGCGUCCAGUAAGAAGAGCAGAGAACGUCUGGGUAGCAGCGAUCGGAGGAGCAAAAAACACCUCAAGGAUUCACCAGAAAGUGGCAGCGGAGCUCCGGUGCAGGGAUACGUGACGGAGCUCAGCGUCCAGGCCAGGGAGAGCCUGAGGUGGGAAGGAGCGCUGCAGGACCCCCAGGCUGAGGCCAAGAGGCUGGAGCAGUACAGGACCAACAGGAGGCAGCGUUACAUCGCUCACAGAGAGGCUCUACUGAAAGAAACCCAGGAUGCCUUGAGACAGACUUUUCCUAAAAAGAGCAACGAGGAAAGUCUGAAUGUGAACAACAGGAGGCUACAUCACUGCUGCAUCUGAGCUCAGACUGAUAUUUGUUCCCAGUUUAAAACAGAUUCAGGCACGGUUAAAUACAAAGAGAAGAUCCUUUGGACGGAACAGAAGCUGAGCAUGUUGCCAGUUCAUUACCCUUUAAAGCUCCCAGCAGAAAUGCUGUCGAGUACAAACUGCGUCCCCUCAGUGCCACGGCUGUCACAAAGACAGAACCUCCUCCUGCUGAAUAGGCCUGUUAAAAACUUAAUAGAGGAUCUGCACAGUUUAUCUGGUGCUGCUGAAUUAUGCAACGCUUCCAGAAAAGACCCAAAGUUGAUCUUCCAGGACUGAAACCCAAUCAGGAUAACACCUCUGAGGCCCACUCUUAUCUGUCAGCGAGGUUGAGGAGGGUUAACUGGAUGGGAGUCACAUUACUUUUUUCAACAUAAUGUAAAAAUAUAGAAAUGGGUUUAAAAGCUCAGUCUGUUCAGCUUAUUAUUCACUUGGUUGACCUGUGAGCCAGCGUGCGAAAACUCAAACUCAUUAUUUCUUUCUUUCUUGCUUUCAUAAGGCAAUUAAAAGCUACAUAAACGAUUCACAGUAACAUGUAGAUAUCACAUUUAAGGGGGAAAGUUUUAAUUUCUUUACCUCUUACCACCUGCCUGCUGCGAUGUUCAAAUGUAGUAUGAUGCAAAAGACAAUCUAAAAUGUUUUUCAGAUCAACCUUAGUGAGGAAAAAGAUUUUGUGACUAAUAUUAUUGGACAGAUUAGCUGUUGUUCCUGUGAUGUUACCACCGGUGGAUGAUAGAUGGCAGAAAAGUCCCGCUGAGUCAGUCAAUGCAAAGACAGAAGUGUUGAGCCUGAGAUUUUCCUUUUUAAU